AUGACGGUAUUGCUUCGACGAACCUUGUACGAGCCCGUACCCUCGAACCCAACGAUACAGGGCCUUUUGACUCCUCUACAACUCAAGACUUUCAACGACGGCAUUGGGCCGGCCAUUGGAACACUGGAAGCCGUCGACGACGUGUUGAGCAGCGGUAAGGUGUGUCAUGGCGGCAGUGCGAACAGAAUACUGAACGAGAAGAGACGAGGGCUCGCCUUCUGGUUCCAGAGUUCGUGCCUCAUUGUCGAAGGGGCGUAUCCCUUCUUGAGCAAUAUGGAUACCAUCAAGACUUUGAGUCCAAGGGACCAGAGGAUGGUGGCGUUGGGGAGCCAGUUUCCGCCCAACUCGCCUGGAUUGUGGCAGAGUGAUCAUGACGAAUUUGCCAAUGUUCAUUAUUGGCUUGUAGCGGACAUCAUGAUACCAACCGCAGAAAAGCUCUGA